GCCGUAGGCAGCCAUGGCGCCCAGCCGGAAUGGCAUGAUCCUGAAGCCCCACUUCCACAAGGACUGGCAGCGGCGCGUGGCCACGUGGUUCAACCAGCCGCCGGCCCGGAAGAUCCGCAGGCGCAAGGCCCGGCAAGCCAAAGCGCGCCGCAUCGCGCCGCGCCCUGCGUCGGGACCCAUCCGGCCCAUAGUGAGGUGCCCCACGGUGCGGUAUCACACCAAAGUCCGAGCUGGCAGGGGCUUCAGCCUGGAGGAGUUGAGGGUGGCAGGCAUCCACAAGAAGGUGGCCCGGACUAUUGGCAUCUCGGUGGACCCCAGGAGGCGGAACAAAUCCACCGAGUCCCUGCAGGCCAACGUGCAGCGGCUGAAGGAGUAUCGCUCCAAACUCAUCCUCUUCCCCAGGAAGCCCUCCGCCCCCAAGAAGGGAGACAGCUCUGCUGAAGAACUCAAACUGGCCACCCAGCUAACAGGACCAGUGAUGCCCAUCCGCAACGUGUACAAGAAGGAGAAAGCCAGAGUCAUCACCGAAGAGGAGAAGAACUUCAAAGCAUUUGCCAGUCUCCGCAUGGCUCGCGCCAACGCCCGGCUCUUUGGCAUCAGGGCAAAAAGGGCCAAGGAAGCUGCAGAACAGGAUGUCGAAAAGAAAAAAUAAAGCACUGUGGGGUCUUGUAAUAAAUGCUCUCCAUGAAGCUAAAGCUGGGGCUCUGUGCUCUGCCUCCACAUGCAGUGGCCAACUGUGCUGGGCCAGAUUUGUUGGGUGUGCUGCCAGGGCUCUCACCAGCCUCCCAGAGCUUGCAUUUCAUCUCAGGAUUUGGUUUGGUGAUUUGAAUUGUGCCUGGAUCCUUUUUGCCAUCUUGCUGUCCCUAAAAUGUUCUGAAACUGUCCUUGCUCCAUGGCUGGAUUGCCACCAGGGUGAGGGUGUUCACCGCCCACCUUGAAGGUGGGCCCUUAUCUGCCUAUGUCCCUAACUGUAGCUCUAACAACCUCAGAUACAGCUUUCUUGACUGAA